AUGAAGAGGACAAAGGUCUCAAUCACUCGGGAAAAAAAGAACCAGGGAUUGCGUACGGAGGAGUCCAUUUCCUUCAGUGAUGAGGAUGUGGAGGGCAUCAUUCAACCCCACAAUUAUGCUUUGGUAAUUUUUGUCCUCAUUAAUAAAUCUCAGGUUAAGCGUAUUUUGAUUGAUCUAGGUAGUUCGACCAAUAUUAUCCUUUGGAAAGUGGUAGAGCAGCUAGGGCUGUUGGACCAAAUUGUGCUGGAAGCUCGGUUUCUAAACGGGUUCAACAUGACAUGUGAAACUAAGAAUGGGGAAAUCACUCUGCCAGUGAAUACCGUCGGGACAGUUCAAAAAACGAAGUUCUACAUCAUCAAAGGAGAGAUGAGAUACAAUGCAUUGCUUGGUAGGACUUGGAUGCACGACAUGAGGGCAGUACCCUUGAUGUUACACCAAAUGUUGAAAUUUCCGACCCCUGAGGGGGUAAAAACAAUUCAUAGGGAGCAGCCGGCUGCAAGGGAGAUGUUUACAGUUGAAGAAGUAGCUCCAAUACUGAAGGCACUAUCUUUAAAGGCAAUAAAAAAAGUUAGUCAAUGGAAAAGAUGCUAA